AGGACGUCACAGUAACGGUAAUAUGCACUGCCAAUACGUCCAACUUUUACGAGGUCCAGACUAACGCGGAUGGAACAUAUGUCAUUGACGAUGUCAAGGACUGUGACUAUACUGUAAGUGUGCCAGCGUCGUUCAACGGCGAGCCUAUUGAAGGUUCAGAUGUGAAACCGGUCUCCAUUUCACCCACCGUUCGAGCUGGAGUUGCCAACUUCCAGUAUGUACCUUUGGGUUCAAUCUCUGGUCACACGUGUUUUAGCGGCACCUCAACUCCGGUGGUGAAUGUCACCGUCACGCUUCGUUGCAUCGGCGAGGAUCAAGUAUCCAGAACGGAUGAUACCGGCUAUUACUAUUUUGGUGACCUAGUAGACUGCGAUUAUGAAGUUUUCGUACCCACUUUAGUUGAUCAGUCUGACAUGAUUCAAGUAAGCCUAGUACAGGGACCGGAUGACACCGACGGUACUGAAAGCAGCACCAUUGUCACCAUCGAUAAAGAUGGUACCACCGAAAGUGAUCCACUGAACGAGGAAGACGUUGAUUUCUUCUAUAAUCUUGUGCCAUCUCCGUCGCCCAGUGCCAGUAUGUCGCCGUCGCUGUCACCCAGUGUUAGUAUGUCGCCGUCCACUACGCCUUCGCCUACACCGUCGGUAUUACCCCCCGGAUGUGUGACAGGUAGAGUGACAGAUCUCGAAGAUGGUGGUGCGGGUAUACCCAAUUUCCCUGUGGAGGUUACGUGCUAUCUGGAUGAGACCAUUGUGUACCAAAAGCAGCUCACCACUGAUGGUCUUGGUGAAUACAACUUCCCUAAUGUUCCCGAAGGUUAUGAAUGUGAAGUGUCUGUAGACGUCAAUAAUGUACCCGUUGCGGUGGAUGUCAAUCUAGACGACGAAGAUGCGACUUGCUCAAGAGUGGAGUAAAACGCAUACUUUGAGUCCUAUACGAGCUCUCAAUUCUUAUGGCCAGCAAGUGGCCAAAUACUUGAAUAAAAUAAAUAUCAAA